AAGAGUGUUGUUGUUACCUCCACUCUUCGGAUCAGUACUUGUGUACCAGGUUUUCAUACAUAUUCGUAAAAUCAUACAUACGCUGAAAAAGUUCUAAUAACAUGGAUGGAAAUAUUGCCCCGAACUUGUAUUCUCAAUCUAUUUUUGGCAAUUCAUUGAUCACCACUAAAAUUUUGUCUUUUCUUUCAUUAUCGGACAUAAAAAAUUUCCGCCUCGUGUCGAAAUCAUGGUCGCAUCAAGGGCUCCCAUCUUUGCGAAAAGUGUCAUUUAUGAAAACAAAUUUGGUGACGCUUAUCCCUUAUAUGAAAUUAAUGGAAGCAGACAAUGAAAUAUUUGUACACUCAAACUUCACUAUUUGUCACGAUACAAAUUAUGCUGAUUCAGCUCAACGAAAAGAGACGAUUUUAAGAUUGUUUAAAAUACUUAACGAACGACGUUUAGGUAAUGUACGAUUCCUGCGUAUAAUUAUGGGCAACUCAGACCUGGCAUUUCUUCGCCGUGUGCUAUGCUUGAUGCCACACUUGAACACUUUGGAGAUAAUUGUGGGUUCAAAUGCAAAAGUAGAAGAAAAUGGUGAUGAGGAAAUAAAAAAUUGUGACAGCGACCUAACGAAACUUAAAACCUCGUCGUUAAAAACGAUUGCCUUCAUGUUUGCAAAUGUUGCAAAUAAACAAGCAGAACAAGUAAUUGGCCCCGUGUUUGACACAUUUUUUCCGAACGAUUCGACCCCCUGGAAACUUGAGAAAGUUGAGAUACUCGACAAAUCAAAAAAUUCGGUGAUUGGGGGGAACGUUAUGAAUAGAAUUAAUCGAUGGAAGGUGAAAACGCUAACCAACGUCCAGCUCAUGUACAGCGGAACAAGUUCCCUAAAACAGUUAACCUUGAGCCAUAGUUCACUCACAAUUUUAAAAGUAGGGGUCGUUUCUUGGUCGGAUUUGGCCCUGUUACGAACCGCUCUGGCAAAGCAUUCCGGGACUUUAAGCGUUCUUGAAGUCGAAGUUAGCACAAAAACCACCCUGUCGCCAAAUACGCGUUGUACGAAACCCUCCACGUUUGAUAUACCGACUCUUCCUCGCCUGAGGAAAUUGGUGUAUGCUGUUGGGAAAUUGCCUGUUCAUUUAUUGAGUGGAUCGCGGUGGUGUGGAUCUGGGAUGACGAAGCAUUACGAGGCUUUGGCCAUACUAGAAGACUUGUCGUUUUUGGAUUAUAUGAAUAUUUCGCAGAUAAUUGAGGGAGGUCAAGUCGCCUUUUCGAAGAAGUUUCCAAGUCUGACGCAUCUGGAAUUGAAAUUGUGUGGUGGUUAUAAUCGGUUUCAUGACAUUUUCUUUUCAAAUAUUCGCAAAAAUGUGGAGAUUCCGCAGAUUGAAAUGUUUUUCAUGGAAUUGCCAAAUUGGGGGAGCAGAGGUCAGUUUGAUUCUCUUGUUAAAAGGAUCUCGAAAAUAUUUCCUAAUGUGGACUAUCCGAGGUUUGACGCAGAAAUUGGACAUAGCUGUAGAUGACUUAAAUUUACUACAGCUUGGUGAAUUAUGUAAGAUACAAUAUUAUGGUGUAAGACUUGAGACGGGUACAUAAAUAUGUAAGUGCCAUUAUAAGCACUAAAAUUGUGACACAUUUACGAAAAAUUUAGAUAAAUCCAAUUCGUUCAAUGAGUUUUUAUGUGGUGGACAGACAUUGGACAAUCAAUUCAUAUGUAUGUUGUAUUUUAUUCGAAUAAUUUGAUUCAAUAAACUGCAUAUUUUUUAUAAA